GUUGCUUUUAUUCACGAAAUCGACAAGCUUAAAUACAUUCAAAGAAAAACCCGCCUUUUCAACAGUGACCGCAGAGAAAAUGAUGCCGAGCACAGCUGGCACCUGGCUAUGAUGGCACUUACAUUAGCAGAACACUCCAACGAGCCAGUAGAUAUUUUAAAAGUUUUAAAAAUGUUGCUGAUCCACGAUCUGGUAGAGAUUGAUUCGGGUGACGUUUUUCUUUACGACACCAUUGUAAACCAUGACAAUACAGAGGCUGAGCGUAAAGCGGCAGAAAGAAUAUUUGGUUUGCUGCCCACAAAACAAGCAGAAGAAUUUGUUGCAAUCUGGGAAGAGUUUGAAACAGGAGAUACUGCAGAAGCCAGGUUUGCGCGUUCCAUGGACAGGUUUGAACCGAUCUUACAGAAUGUAUCUAAUCAGGGCGGUACCUGGACUGAACACAAUGUACCUUAUGAUACUGUGAUGGACAAAACCCGUAAAAUUGAGCAUGGAUCUAAAACGAUUUGGGAUUUUACUGAAACAUUAAUUGAUGAUAGUGUAUUGAAAGGAUAUAUAAAGAAGACAGACCAGGAGUAG